ACUCUCGCGAGAGUUCAUGGCAUCCUCGUUGCCAUAGAUACAGUGACUAGCGGCGGAGUGCAUAGAACGAUAAUCGUUGAUGUUCGAUUAGCCAGUGAAAUGGCUGAUCCAGAGAAAGAGGGUGAUGACCUUGCUGAAGCAGAGGCUAAUGUUUCAGUAGCUGAACAGCAAGUUGUAGAGGACCCAUCAAUAACUCAAUCAACAGAAGAAAUUAUAGACUUUGUAGAGAUUACAGAAAAACAGAUAGAUGCAACACAGUCAAAUGAAACAGCUGAGCCUGCCAAGCAGGAGCAGCUAAUUCUUGAGUCCAGUGCUUCUGAAGAGGUGCCAGAGAGCUUGGACACUGCAUCAGACCAAGCCCAUGCAGAACCACAGGUUCAGAGAGAUGUUGCAGAUGUGAGAGUAGACACUGCAGCAGAGCAAGAGGAAGCCCAUGCAGAACCACAGGUUCAGCAACAUGCUGCAGGUGUCAAAGAACUUAGUGAUGAAAUUCAGUCUGAUGUUGACACACCAGCUCCAGUAGUUGAAAUAACAGCAAAAGCUUCUGGAACUCUUGCUGAAAAUCUGUCUGGAUUAGCUGCAGAAACACAUGAUUUAGAUAGCCCGCUAUCGGGAACUUCGCAAUCUCAAACACCAGACGUUCCAGAAGAUACAAAAUAUUCUACCACAACAGUUAAGAUUAUGCUACAUCCUGAUAUCCAGAUUUUCACAACGACCUUCAAUAUUAACAGAACUGUGGGGCAAAUGAAAGAGUAUUUUUCAUCACGAUUCAAAAUACCACAGGAUGUUUUACAGUUCAUGUUACUAGGGAAAAUAAUGGAAAAUAAUGAAACUCUACAGGAUCUUGGUGCAAAACAUCAUGGAACAAUUCAGUUUGAUGUGUUCUCCCUAGACGAGGAACGCUUUCCAAUCAAAUCAUCUGAACUCCUCCAAGAAUACUAUAUGCCUGAUGUUAUAACUGUCAAAGUACAAACAGAUGCAGACACAUUUCAGGAUUUAUCUGUAGAGAUUACAAGGCCAACUUUCAAGAAACCAUUUCUAGGUGGAUUUAGACAUAGGCUAACAGGUGUGGAAUAUCACAAUGCAGGAUCACAGACUGUACCCAAAAAACGUCCAGAGAAAGGAUAUGAAGAGUUUUGUCGGUCGACACAGACGGUGGUUGAGAGAAAAAAGCUGCAACAGACAAGAAAUACAGCUUCAACCCAGAUGACUAAAAUUGGUGUUUAUGUUUCAAACAUCACUGAUAAAUUCAUCGAACCAAAAGGCUAUGUCACAGCUGAAGAGUACCAUGCUCGAAGACUUAAGGCAGUCAUUGUCAUACAAACCUAUUUCCGACGGUGGAACGCUAUCAACAUAGUAGUGAGACUAAAAGAAGCAAGAAGGUUGAGAUUGGAGUGGGAAAAACAAGAGGAACAAAGAAAAGAGCGAGAGAAGGCAGAGAAACUGCGGAGAGAGUAUGAUCGAAGGAUGUAUCCUAAAACAAAGGAUGAUUUUGAACUACUCUAUCAUGCUUUGGAGUUGUGGAGGCAGGAGGAGCUUGCACGCAUAGACAGUACCUUCACUGGAGCUGAGCGCAAGGCAGCACUUUGUGUACUUUUAGAGAAAGAGGCCCAGCUGAUUGCUUCCAUUGGGAGGCACAAACUCAACGCUGCUGAAGAAAAUGAGCAAAAGGCAAUCCUGUAUUUCCUGGAAAAGUGUGCUGAACCCAAAAGAUGGAAGGCUUUUGAUGGUAAAAUCACAGAAAUGGAUACCCAAUUUACUCUGCGUGCCAGGGAACUCCUGGAAAUCUAUCACAGUAUUAGUAUGAAAGACAUUCUUCAAGAUGAGCGGUUAGAUGUUCUGCUGACACUGAAGCAUACAGUGAAGGUCCCUCCAGACCCAAUGAGACUUUAUCACAACAUUUACUUUUGCCUUGGUUGCAAGUGCUACCUGCCUUCUACUGAUUUCACCAUGGCUGCUAGUUCACACACUGUUGGUCGGUGUCGUCGGUGCUGCAAGCUGGAUAAUGAAGCUCGUCAGAGAGAAGCCUUUUUGAAAUACAAGCUUAUGCUUCGAAAUCUCAGGCAGGCUGAGAUGAAUUAUAAAGAUGAUGCUAAGAUUGCAUUCUUAAUACAGCAGCAAGAUAUUCAAUAUAUGGUUGAGAAUUUUUGGGGUUCUCAGUCAGCUCUUAGUGCCAGUGACGAUCUCUAUGACCUGGUUAUGGUCAGGUGGGAAAAGUAUCGUGAAUGGGCCCCGUGGAACACCAUUCUUCUCACAAAGGAUGAAGCUGAGGCUCACCUUAAGCUGACAAAUCUUGAAAAGGCUUAUGAGAUGGUGUUCAUACAUAGGAUCAAGCACAAACAUAUCCUUGCAAAGAACUAUUUCGCUCAGUUCCCGGAGAUGGCAGCAGCUCUACAUAAAGGUGACAAGCAGACCUGCUCAAGUGAUCUUCUACUGACAAAGCCUUUAACACCCAGUUCAGCAAAGCAAUCCAUUAGGGAGAAGGCUGUUCACUGAUUUACUGCUUGAAAAAUUUGUCUGAUCUCAAGAUAAAGGGACAUUUGUUUCUUUCUGUCUUAAUUGCUACAGCUUUCCUUUAUUGUACUUGAGAGGACAUAUAGUUGUCUUAAAGCUAGCUUCCAACAAAUGGAUUCCAACUGGUUAUUGUUAUGCUGCAUUUCUCUAAAAAUUCAUCAUAUUUAAGUGUAUAAUUAAAAAUCAUUCUAUACAUAUUCAUUUCUUUAUCAAAAAUGUCCAUCCUUUUUCUCAGUAGCCCUUCCAAAAAGUUCAGUGAUCUCAACCUGAUCUUGGAGACUGGCAGUGCAAUCGUUUGCAGAGUUACAUCCUUCUGAACCUGUUGAAAUAAAUGAACUUGAAAGGAAGUGACUCUGCUUCACAUUGCACUGCAGGCAGUGCAGUUGCUGAAAUAAAACCAGAUCAUAGCUGCUUGUUUAACUACCUUGUGCAGCGUUUUUAUUGCACACGUUAACACAGAUCCAGAGGCAGUUAUAGCCCCAGAUUUGGGGCCAUUGUCUGUUUUAUUUCAACUCCCUUUGCAAACUUUAAGUUGGCCAAGAGUGCAGGAAGAAAGUAUCUCAUUUGAUCUCUGGCUUGCAGUGAGAGUUCUUGAGGGUACAGGAGACUACAUAGCCUCAAGCUAUACUGCUUUUAAAAACAGACUUGGAUUGAAGUGAAAUAACUAACACUGAUUCAUAAAUGUGGCAUUAUUGUAAAGCAUACUCUGCUUAGUCAUAUUUACGACAGACAAUAUCUGUUUAAAUGACAAUAUCUUGGAAACUCUUUACUACAGAAGACUUUUUAAAAGGAUACUACUUAGAUUUGUUUAUUUAAAACAUUUGUAACCUGCGUUCAUCCUCAGAAUUCUUGAGGCAAAAAAAAAUUGCCUGUCAACUAAAGCCUCACAACUUUUA